AUGUCUGCACCAAAGGUUAUCGCACAGGGUCGCUUCGUUCUGUCCAGGGGCUUCACAACAUCACGCGCCACCAGCUCGAUACUUCGUGCAGUCAGCACAACGCUUCCGCGACGACAGCUCUCAUCGAGCGUACAAUUUCAGCAAGAGACUGUUCAGACACCGGCCACAGGACCGGAAGUCCCACUCACAGCCACCCGGAACGUAUCAUCAGGGAACAAUGCACGAUCAAUUGCCAUCACCAAGCUUCCCAAGCGAGUAGUGAAGGCUGAUAUCGAACAGCUCCUUCGCAGCGCCGGAGUUGAUGUCAAGAGGAUCCAGUUUCGAGUCGAUCGCUUUACGUUCUUCAGCGAUAGCUCCUGCUUCAUUGAGCUGGGUAGCAAAGAGCAAGUUCAAAAGGCCACGGAGGCCCUGAACGGGCAGCAAUUGCACGGCACUUCACUGGUUGUCCGCCCGAUCAAGGAAGAUUUCUAUUGGGAUCAAGGAUUCAAAAAAGACAACCGUUUCUUUUUCCACGAUGAGCAAACUCCAUCACAAGCUAUCCAGCCUUUACUCCAGGGCCGUCGCUAUGCACUCCAGGUCGAGAAUCCUGGCUGGAUAAACCAACAGGGCAGUAGCAAGUCGGCCAACACUACAAGACGGGAGAUCGUCGAGAAGUACUUUGGACCGUUUGGAGUGGAGGUUAUCGGGGCUUUGAACCCAAUUUGGAGGCAUCAGAAGAAGGAGUACCCUUUCCUGGCACACAUUGAUUUCGCAUCGAAGGAGGGUGCAGAACAGGCAGCCGAAGCGCUCAACGACACCGAGAUCGAGGGAAAGAGAGUAUAUCUGCAACGAUGCACAGUGAACUCUUCGAGAGCCAAGCAGAUUGGAAAUGUGGACCAGGGUGUACUUGCGCAACUACAGGAGAGCGGCUUUGUUGAAAAGUCAUCCGCUGAGAAUGUUGGAGCGUGA